AUGUCACCAUGGAAACGCCUUAAUCAAGAAUUAGGCUUUGGUGGUGAAGAAAAGCCAUUUAUUCCGAGAGAGACAAAUUUUCUGAUUGUUGGAGGUGGACUGGUUGGUAUGUCUUUAGCUUACUGGUUAAAAGCAUACAGCAAUAAAUAUAGUGGUCAAAGCAAAGUGGUAGUUGUGGAAAGGGACCCUUCUUACACCAGAGCUUCAAGUGUUUUAUCUUGUGGUGGACUACGACACCAGUUUAGUUUAGCUGAAAACAUCCAACUGUCCAUGUAUACAACUGAGUUCUUACAAGAGAUUAAAGAACAUUUAAGUAUUCUAGGGGAAAAUGACCCACCAGAUGUACAAUUUAACCAUCAGGGAUAUCUGUUUUUAGAAGGUCCAGAAAAAGCAGAAAAAUUGGCUAAAAUGGUAGAUAUGCAGAACCAGAUGGGUGCUAAAAUCAGACUUCUUACUAAAUCACAAUUGAAAGAAAAGUUCCCUUGGAUCAAUCUUGAAAAUGUUGAAGUAGGUUCCUAUGGAAUACAAGGAGAAGGAUGGUUUGAUCCAUAUCUUUUUUUAAGAUGUCUGUACCAAAAGAAUCUUGCUUUGGGCAUUGAUAUCGUACAUGGUGAACUAGAUAGAUUUGAAUUUCAACCUGGACCUUUAGGAAAAGACAGAUUGUCAGGGGCAUAUAUUAAAACUAAUGAUGGUCAGGAACAUGGGAUUAAAUCAACUUUAGUGUUUAAUUGUGCUGGAAGUUGGGCAAGGGAAAUAGCAAUGAAAGCUAACCUUUGCUCCAAAGAUUGUAGUGAUUUUGCUGUUCAACCUAGAAAGAGAUAUGUGUACACUUUCCAUUGUCCAGAUGGUCCUGGCAUUGAGUCACCGUUUUUUGUGGAUACUACUGGUGUAUAUUUCCGUAGGGAAGGACUUGGUGGGAAUUAUAUUUGUGGUGCUUCCCCAUCUAAAGAUUAUGAACCUCCUUCUGAUGACCUUAGUGUUGACUAUAAAUUUUUUGAGGAA